ACAGAUAAUGAGAUAUAGAAUCAUUGGCAUUCCUACUUGGAGAAAAAGUUGCUCAAAGAUGAAGGAAUGGAGUCUUUGAAAAGAACUCCAAUCUGACAGCUUAAACUCAGACAUUAUGGAACUUUCACCAUCUCCGAAGAGACUCAAAAUGCAAGCUUCAAGUCUUGAGUCAUCAAUGAGUACGGAAAAACCAUCAGCUGAAAUCGACCGGUCAGUUCCGCAGAUGUUUGAGUCUCCUAAAGAACCUAAAGGAAGCUCCCUAUCACCAAAGGUUACGUUUGCAGAGUGGCUUUCACUUGACAGCUUCGCAAGUUUAGGUGAGCCUAUGGAUUCAAACAGUACAUUUGAUCAUAAUACGAGCUUCCAAGACAAUUUCAUUCAUGAUUGCUUAAUGGAUGAAAGAGGAUUUGGUGGUGAGUAUCAUAAUUCACUGAGCCAUGGUUCGAGCGGCGACAUUUUUAGUUCAGAAUUCAAGUUUGAGAGCCAGAGUCCAGGAAAUGAGUUUGAUUUUAGCUCUGGAGAGGAUUUAUGUGGUGACAUCAACUUGAGCAAUAUUACAUAUGAGGGUUUUGUUUCCAAAAGCAACUACGAGGAAGAAUAAUUUCCGAUCAUACAACAACAGGAAAAAAAAAAAAAUUGAAGCUAAAAGGGACU